AUGGUCCUUUCACCCGCCAUCCGUGUCGCAAGGACCGCUUCCCAGCGGUCGACCUCUUUGCUGCGAGCGAUCCAGUUCGGUCAUCCUCCCAACUGUCCUUGUCAUUCCAACCCCAAUUACCAUCAUGACCAUGCAGCUUUCGGCGAGGCCCGACGAAGACUGGCAACUCCCAUUGACAGCUCGCGAUCCAAAGAAUACGCGUUCGAGAUGGCUGCCAGCUCGAUCCGCUUUGGACCAGGCUGCACAAAAGAGGUGGGUAUGGAUUUCAAGAAUAUGGGCGCCAAGCGGGUUUGUGUGGUCACCGACGGGAAUGUGUCCAAGUUGAACGCGAUGAAGCAAGUAAUUGAAGGGUUGACCAAAGAAGGAAUCGAGUUCACUGUGUAUGACAAAUGCCGGGUCGAGCCAAAGGACAGCUCCGUCAAGGAUGCCAUUGCUUUUGCCAAACCAUAUCAGCCAGAUGCUUUUCUGGCUGUGGGAGGAGGUUCGGUCAUUGACACGGCGAAGUUGAUGAACCUAUACACUUGCUUCCCAGAUGCGGACUUCUUGGACUUUGUCAAUGCUCCCCUGGGUAAGGGAUUGCCAAUCACAAAACCACUCAAGCCGCUUGUGGCUGUCCCGACCACGGCUGGCACAGGUUCAGAGACGACAGGAACAGCCAUCUUCGAUCUAGUGGAGAAGCGGGCAAAGACCGGUAUCGCACACCGGAACCUCAAGCCUACUCUGGGCAUCUGUGAUCCCCUCAAUACUCGCACAAUGCCAUCAGCCGUCCAUGCCUCCUCUGGCUUGGAUGUGCUGUGCCACUCACUAGAAUCCUGGACUGCCAUUCCUUACCACGAGAGAACACCCAGACCUACAAAUCCCAUCAAUCGCCCAGCCUACCAGGGUGCAAAUCCCAUCUCGGAUAUUUUCUCGUUGAAUGCGCUGAGAGCGACAGUCAAAUACUUGCCUCGCGCCGUCAAAGAUCCGGAAGACCACGAAGCUCAAAGUGAAAUGCUUCUUGCGGCGACCUUGGCUGGUGUCGGCUUUGGCAAUGCCGGUGUCCAUCUGUGCCACGGCAUGAGUUACCCGAUCAGUGGUCAAAACCCGGGUUACAAACAUUCCGGAUACGUGGUUGAGACCCCUAUCAUCCCCCAUGGUGUCAGUGUUGCUGUAACGGCUCCUGCUGUGUUCAAGUUCACCGGCCCAAGCAAUCCGGAGCGACAUUUGGCCGCAGCAGAAGUAUUUGGCAAGGACAUCUCCAAUGUCAAGAAGGAAAGCGCAGGUGAGAUCCUCAGUGAAGCCUUAUCAGAGUUCCUCAUCGGCUUGGGAGACCAGCCUCGAGGCUUGAAACCCCUGGGGUUCACACGCGAGAGCAUUGACGAUCUGGUAGAGGGGACAUUGCCUCAAAGACGGGUCCUCAUGUUGGCACCCAAGUUGAGCGCUGAGGUGAACGAGGAAAGAGAGCAACUGAGAGGCUUGUUUGAAGAGGCACUGGAAUACUGA